GCUCCCAGUCGGAAGUGACGUACUCCAGCGUUUCCCGCAGUGGCGGCAUUUUAAGUUUAGUGAUCUGGACAGGUUGGUACACUUAAGUCGCCGCCUGAGAGGAGGCUGCAGGGUUCCGGUGGCUCCGCGAGAUGGGCCCAGCCAGUCCGCCGACCUUCCGGUGCAGAUGAGAGAACCGGGGCUCCGUCUACCGGAGCGUCCGGGAAGCCUGGGUUGAACGAAAGGAGGAAAGGGCGCCCGCGGGCCAUGGCCCCUCCUCCAGGGGUAGGUCCCGCGUCUCUGCGGUUUGCUGCCGCCGCCAGCUGGCUGGUUGUCCGCAGUCGCCGCGUAGAGCACUUCCCGAAAGUGGUCGAGUUUCUGCAGUCCCUGCGCGCAGCUGCCCCCGACUUGGUGUGCUACCGACACCAUGAACGCCUGUGUAUGGGCCUAAAGGCCAAGGUGGUGGUGGAGCUGAUCCUGCAGGCGCGACCCUGGGCCCAGGUCCUGAAUGCCCUGAAGCAUCACUUCCCAGAGUCCAGAACAACAAGACAAGAUAGGAAGCUGUUGGAGGCACGGGAAAAUUUCUGCUUGCUUGUGAAGCACCUGUCGGAGGACCCACCUUCGAGCCUGCAGGAACUAGAACAAGACUAUGGGGAACCCUUUCUGGUUGCCAUGGAAAAGCUGUUGUUUGAAUACUUGUGUCAGCUAGAAAAAGCGCUGCCUCCAAUCAGAACAGGAGAGCUUCAGGAUGCUCUAAGUUGGAUUCAGCCUGGCUCAUUCAUCACUUCUUCUGUUGCUUUGCACCAGUAUGGUACAGACAUGGGGUGGCCAUUUCCAGGGAGCUCUACUUCUGGCUCAGGGAAUCUGAGAGAGCCCAUGGAAGAGAGUCCUCAUCAACAAACAAAACCAGCACUCCACAGCCCUCUGCCUAAAGCUAAGCCUGGCCCUCACCAGCCAGCUUCACGGGAGCACCCAGAACAUUUAGCUGGCAACCGCUUUAAUCUGGCCCCUUUGGGAAAGCGAAAAUUCCGAUCACAUUGGACAUCCUCAAAGGCAUGCCAUAAAGAGCGGCCCACAGUCAUGCUACUCCCAUUUAGGAACAUGGGCUUACCAGCUCAAGACAUAUCUAACCCUAAAAGCCUGGAGGAACACGGCGUGGGCUCAGCAGCUUCUGUGGGAAAAGAACCAGUCUGCACGGGGAAGCCUAAGAUCCCAUCUCGGAGCUUGGGGAAAAGGGCAUUAGAGGAGACCCCACCCGACUUGCCGGCUACAGAGCAGGAGAACGGUGUGAAUUGCGUGGACCCUCUUAGAGUCAAGAAACCAGCACUGUCCCCGACCCCGUGUAGCUCUGUUAUUACCAUAGGGGACUUGGUUUUGGACUCUGAUGAGGAAGAAAAUAACCAGAAGGAAGGGAAGGAGUCUUUGAAAAACUAUCAGAAGACGAAGUUUGACACCUAUAUCCCCAUGCUUUGUGAUUACAUCCCAUAGUGCCCUGCCUAUUCCUUUCUGGCUACAUAAACAGUUCUCACUCAGGUCCUCUGGAAUACCCUCUGCACUCUGUCCAUCUUCCGCUGCAGCUCUGCAUGCAAUUUAGUGGAAAAGAAGAGGAAGCCCAGAUAUGAGUUGCCUGGCUCCAUUGCUAAAAGCUUUGUAACACUUGGAAAUUAAAUUUUGUUUCACUUUUGAUGGGAAGAAGGGGAAUUAAGACUUGCAUAGGUCUGUGUAGGUCAUUCCUCAGAAACAACAGGCUUCUCUUAGCUGGUUGAGGCCCUUCUCAUAUUUACUCCUUUGUUAAGGGUUCAGAUUUACCUAGAAGGGUUAGGAGAGAGCCUGGAAGGGAAACUGUCCUUAUGCCAUCUUAACAGUCGUCCCUAAGGCCAGAACAUACUUUGUAAGGUGCUUCAUGAGAGUGACAUUCACUUCCCUGGAUCCCCCUGGGUCAGGGUCAAUCCCUGGAGGAGCAUCUAGAUGCCAGCCUGUGAUGAAAGCCCAGCGUCUAUCUGUAUGAAAAUAUUUCAAGUAUAGAAGGAUGGCUAAGCUGUUUAGACAUGUGAUGAUCUCAUUUAAUGAAGCUGGUUAACAUGAUUCCAACAGCCUUUCUUUUCCAGACCAAGGGCUGUCAUUUCUGUGUGGAUCAGCAUCUUUUCUUCCUAAUGUUCAGGGGUUGUCCCCAGGGUCUCAUUUGUUAAUCUCACGUCUCCUUCCUCCUGCCAUAGCAUUGUGUGUGCAGCUAGAGGCAUGGGUGAGUAGAGAGCGCUCAGGAGUGAG